UAUUAAGAAGUUGACCAAAAAUGAAGGAUAUAGGAGGUACAGUAGCAACAACUUUUCGAGAAACAUUUAAAAUAGUUAAUAAAGAAACAUUACGAUGGUUUCCUGGACAUAUGAAUAAAGGUUUAAAGCAAAUGGAACAGCGUUUGAAGAAUGUCGAUUGUAUAAUAGAAGUACAUGAUGCUAGAGUACCGAUUUCAGGACGUCAAGCAGAUUUUCGUCGUACUUUAACUGGUUUAAAACCACAUAUAUUUGUAUUGAAUAAGAUUGAUUUGGCCGACUUAAAAUAUAAGAAGGAAAUAGUAUCUAAUUUAGAGAACGAAGGAUUGUCUAAUAUACUUUUUACUAAUUUGAAAGACGGUACUUGUAAGGGAAUGAAAAAAAUACUACCUUUGGCAAAAAAAUUAAUAUCAAAUUCUGAACGAUAUAAUAGAAGUAAUGAAGAAUCUUUUGCGAUGAUGAUCAUCGGUAUACCUAAUGUAGGAAAAUCUUCUUUAAUCAAUCGUUUAAGAAAUACUUAUUUAAAAAAAGCAAAAGCUACACAAGAAGGACCUAUAGCAGGAGUAACACGUUCUGUACUAACUCAUAUAAAAAUAUCUGAAAAUCCAAAUUUCUAUUUAUUGGACACUCCAGGCAUUUUAGCACCUCACGUAAAUAAUGUAAAUUGUGGUCUCAAAUUAGCUUUGAUUGGUUGCUUACAAGAUCAUUUGGUAGGGUAUAUAACGGUUGCUGAUUUUCUUCUUUUUUCUUUAAAUAAAUAUCAAAAAUAUGAGUAUGUUGAAAAAUUAGGUUUACCUAAGCCAAGUGAUGAUAUCAUUUACAUUCUUACUUUUAUAGCUGCUAAGCAAGGAAAAACAUUGAAACUACGUUGUAAUAAUAAAUACGUUGUUAAACCUGAUUUGGAAACUGCUGCUCAAAUUUUUAUUGCUAUGUUUAGAAAGGGAGAAUUUGGUCCUAUUUGUUUAGAUGAGGAUAAAUUUAUUUAAUAAGAAUUAAUUAGUUGUAAUUAAAUAAAAAGUGUUAUAAGUGAACAUUUUUAAAUCUGAAAGUAAGCAAGUUUUUUUUAUUAUUAUACAUGUACUAGUGGUUAUAUAUAGCAGUACUCUAUGUGUAUUACUGGUGAUAGUUUUAAUCUUAUACUAUAAAAAAUGAUAUAAAUUAGAAUAAUAACCAGUUUUAAUGUGGAAAUGAUAUUACAUUACCUAUUACUUCUUUUAUCACAGAAUAUAUAAUGGAAAAAAAGACAAAACCAACGUAAUAUAAAACAGUAAUAGAAAAGUAACAAUAUUUAUAUUUAUAUAUUUUUUUUUUUAUUUAUUUUUUUCCUUCUGGAUGCAUAUUUCUAGAGUAUAUAUUAAUUUUUUUAAAUACUUUAUCACAAAUAAAUAUCAAAAUCGGCUAUAUGUAAUAGAUGUCCUCUUCUCCAUUAUAUGUUUUAAAGUACUGUUACUUUCUCUUCUUGUAGUGGGGCGAAGUCUACUGAUAAUAUUUGUGCACAUUUACGAGCUACAAUCGUGUUAAGUGUGAUGCAGAAAUCAUUAAUUUUAUCAGUAAAAUAUUAAUAAUUUUUAUCUUAAACAUUCAUUUUUAAUAUAUAAAAUAAUAAACAUAACAAUUCUGUAAUUUAUUUUUAUCAGUUUUAAGAUACAACUAAAGUGCUCGUGCAACUGUUAAAAUUCUUAACAAAAUUUAAAUU